UUUUUGUUUCUUUUUUAAAGGACGGACAAAUUGAUGCUGACGAGCUGCAGCGAUGCCUAACGCAGUCUGGCAUAGCAGGAGGAUACAAACCUUUUAACCUGGAGACUUGUCGCCUUAUGGUUUCAAUGCUGGAUAGAGAUAUGUCUGGCACGAUGGGGUUCAGUGAGUUCAGAGAGCUGUGGACUGUGCUGAGUGGCUGGAGACAACACUUCAUCAGCUUCGACAGUGAUAGGAGCGGGACAGUGGAUCCCCAGGAGCUGCAGAAGGCCCUAACCACUAUGGGGUUCAGGUUGAGCCCCCAAACCGUGAAUUUAGUAGCAAAGCGGUACAGCACCAGCGGGAAGAUCACCUUUGAUGACUACAUCGCCUGCUGUGUCAAACUGAGGGCUCUCACAGAUAGCUUCCGCAGUCGGGAUUCUGGUCAACAAGGAGUUGUGAAUUUCUCGUACGAUGAUUUCAUCCAGUGUGUCAUGACUGUCUAACUCAAGAGGCCGCUGUCUGAAUAUAUUCAACAUUCCAACUGGACCCCAUCCAUUGCUUCCUCCUGCCCUUCAGUGCUGUGUGCAGACUCCGCCGACACACGCUCCUUGACAACUGUUGAAUGGGAUUAUGCCUUUAUCUAGAACCAAGGCUUCAUUUUCAAUUUUGAUAAUAAAUUCCUUUGAAGUUUAAUAGUAGAAAAACAAGUCUGUUAUCCCAGUCAGACCUCCUGAGCCAUUAUCAGUCAUGCCUUAUAUUCCUGCUAACUCUCUUUUAUAUGAAGUAUGCAAAAUGUUUAACACAGAUUAUAUAUUUUCUUGUGAUAUAUGGAACCUUUUCAUCAGACUUAUCGGUUACCCUUUCUUUCCCAGGGGAAUGUGGUUAAAAGUUUGUGUGGGAUAUGUGCAAAACCAGUGACCCUGGCCAUCCGCACACUAGAAAGUGUAAGUGUUAGGACUUGCUGGUUGAAAGCCUUAUGAGUAGACAGAGAUACUGAAUGGUUACUGUCUGCCUCUUAAAAACCUAUAGUGGCAAAUACUGUCACCAAGUUCUUUGUCCAUCACUCCAACCUUUUGCUAAUUAUGGUAAAAGUCUUGUAUACUGUAAGUUUAAAACUGUCAGAAAAAGACUGGAGGGAAAUAAGAAUAUAUUAACUUUAUUUUUGAUUAAUGAGAUUCCAGAUGACUUUAAUUUCCUUUAUAUAUUUCUGCAUCGCCCAAAUUUUUAUAAUGUGCAUGCUUUCAUUUUAAAACCAGAUGUCAGGGGAGGAGAGACAGCUCAGCGGCAAUUAAGAGCAAGUUCUGCUUUUGCGGAGGGAACACUGAAGUUCCCAGUGUCCAUGUUGGGUGGCUUAUUACUGCGUCAGGCCCCCCAUAGGCACCUGCGUUCACCUGCAGAUACCCCAGUACAAACAUAUAUGCACACACCUAAUUAAAAAGGAAUAAAAAGGGGCUGGAGAGAUGGCUCAGUGGUUAAGAGCCCUGACUGCUCUUCCAGAGGUCCUGAGUUCAAUUCCCAGCAACCACAUGGUGGCUCACAACCAUCUGUAAAGAGAUCUGAUGCCCUCUUCUGGUGUAUCUGAAGACAGCUACAGUGUACUUAUAUAUAAUAAAUGAAUAAAUCUAAAAAAAAAAAAAAGUAAUAAAAAAAAUAAGUAAAACCAAGCAGGUUCCAUUUUAAAAAUUGUUGACAUUCCUUUUUGAAUGUCAUUGGUUCAUGAUUUUAAACAUACACAAGAAAGGGACUGAAAUGAACAUCUCAGUUAAUGAUCUAGCUUUAACUACUGGGAGUAGGGUUUUCUCACUAAAUUUCUAACUAUUUUCUGAUAGCUUAUUACAUUUUACACACACGCGUGCGUGCACACACACACACACACACACACACAAACGCACACAGGAAUUUUUUUUCCAAAUGUUUAAAUCAUUGCUGGUAAUGCCUUGCUACGUAUGUGUUUUAGACAUUUUCUGGAAGGAGAAGACACUCAGGGUCCCCAUCUUUGAACAGAAGAGACUACUUACCUUUGAGGUAGUUCUGAGUGUGCAGAAGUAUGCUGAUGUAAAAAGUAUCCCCAGUGUUUGGUUCCUACAGUUUGGCAACGAGCAAUGGUUAACAGUCUUCUCUCGCUAGCAAUGUAUCUGUCCUGUUUCCGGCACCAUGUGAGCAUGACCUUUCACGUGAACGACUGACUAACUUAUCAGCUGGUAAAAUAAACAUUUCAUAAGCAUCUUCAGCCUCAUUUCACAAGAAUAUGUUCAGAUAGUGUUUAUAUAUAAAAUAUAUGCAUAUACUAUA